AAAAUAAUUGAUAAACAAAUAGUACGAUAUGUACGGACAUAAAGUGUAUAAGUCAUUCGUAAGUCAAAAUGACUUUGUACGUGGAUUUUGGAGAAAGGAAUUAUUUCUAUUUAGAAAAGAAUAAUUUGUUACAAAAUUAAGAAAGAUAUCAAAAUUUUCUAAUAUAGAUAAGAAAAAGUCCAGUGAAACAUCAUGGCUAGACCUAGCGGCGGUAAAAACAACAGUCUAAAGCAACCAAAAGAAGAAAUCAAUAUCAAGUACAUGCAUAGACCUCCUCUCAUAGCUCCAAAUUACGGCAGCCAGAAAAAGUCCCUAUUGCCGAAAUCAAAAGUAUCAAGAGUUCUUCUUUAUGACAAUGCCACCCAGGAGCAUAUGUUAGACAUUAAAUUAGCACAUAUCAAUAUUGAGAAAGAAAGAAUAAGUAGACUGAUCAAUUUGCAUCAGCGUUCUUUCACCUUGCGGAUGAAUAAAAGACAACAGCAGAAACUGGCGUUAACUGCUGGAAGUAGGAAUAAAACUAAGAAUGCUGUUAAUAGUUCCACAGUAGAGACCACACGCGAACGCUCGACAUUAAGACCGCAGUCAUUUCCAAUGGAUAUGAAUCAAGAUACAAUCAAUGAAGUUUCAAAGAGCCAAGACCAAAGCGAUAGUCUCGGAGGAAUGAAGCUUCCGGUCAUAGAUACGGACAAACGUCACGUGAUCUUCAAAGUGAAAGCAAAGUCUGGUAAAACGGAAGUGUACCAUACGAUAGAUGAUGAUGGUUUUCUCUCGGACUUGAUACCAAUGCAUUCAUUCUACCCAAAGUUAACCGAUGACCCUAGAUUUAGAAGUUUACAAAACAUUUUGGUGCCAUCAGAAACAGGAACCUCUCAGGAAUUUCUCUGAGACACAAUUCUGUGAAAAUUCCGGUGCUAGAAGUGUCUCUUAAAAAAUCUAAUUUUAGGAAUAUCAUUCAGCACAAGAGACUGUCAAACUGAUGUUGGGACACACGAAAAGCUAUCGAGUGCGUGUAUUUUUUUAAUAUGUUUUUGUUUAUGUUGUGCCGGCUAAUAUUGCAAUAAAGUAGUAUAUUUUGUG